AUGAAUAGAAAAAUUGUACUUUUUAUUGAUAAUGCAGGUUCUCAUUUUAACACAAAAAGAUUACAAAAAGAGAAUUCUGAUGAUUCUAGUGAAGAUGAAUCUGAUAAUGAACAAGGAUCAAAUUAUAUAAAUAAUAAAUUAAAUAUUAAAGAAGCUAUUGACUAUAUAGCUGAAGGAUGGAAUAAUGUUACUCAAAAAACCAUUCGAAACUAUUGGAUCAAAACUGGUAUACUUCCUACUUUAAACAAUAUUGAAAUAGAAUCAAAUAAUGAGGAAGAAACUCAUGAUGAAGAAACUGAUAAAGAAAUUGAUGAAGAAAUUAUAAAUCUUCUUGAUAAUUUACCUGAAAAAGAUUGU